ACGUUUGAGGUGUGUAUACAAUAAUAUGUUUAUAACGUUUAAAAUGAAAACUUUUAUUGAAACAAGAUAAAAGAUAUAAAAAUAUAUGGAUAACUAUCCAUAAAAACUAACGUAAAAGGAAAUGUUAAAAUUCAGGUUGGGUUUAUUCUUAACAGUUUUUUGCACAGCUGUUAUCGCUUUUGUACUACAAUAUCAAAUUUUAAAACUACAAGACGAGUUAGUUAAAUUCGAGAAUUUAAAGAAAAUAGAGGAAAACAUAAUAAAUGAAGAUGUUGAGGAUGUUGAUGAUGUGGUCGUUAUUUAUAACAGAGUUCCCAAAACGGGAUCAACUAGUUUUGUGGGCGUAGCAUACGAUUUAUGUAAAAAAAAUAAUUUCCAUGUUAUCCAUGUAAAUAUCACGGCUAACAAUCAUAGACUAUCUUUACCUAAUCAGUAUAAACUUGUAAAUAAUAUCACGAAAUGGAGUGAUAUGAAACCAGCUUUAUAUCAUGGUCAUUUUGCAUAUUUAGAUUUUACAAAAUUUAGCAAACAUAAACCGAUGUAUAUUAACAUAAUAAGAAAACCACUUGAUAGAUUAGUAUCUUAUUAUUAUUUCUUAAGAUAUGGAGAUGAUUUCCGACCACAUUUAGUAAGAAGAAAACAUGGUGAUACAAUGACUUUUGAUGAAUGUGUUAGUAAAUCUCAACCAGAUUGUGAUCCAAAUAACAUGUGGCUUCAAAUACCAUUUUUUUGUGGGCACACUGCUAAUUGCUUAAAACCAGGAAAUAAAUGGGCACUACAAGAAGCUAAAAAAAACUUAAUAAAUAAUUAUUUACUAGUAGGAGUAACGGAAGAUAUUGAAAGCUUCAUAAAUAUCCUAGAACUAACAAUUCCUCGGUUAUUUAUUGGUGCUAUGGACUAUUUCAAUCACAGCAAUAAAUCAAAUUUGAGGAAAACGGCUCAUAAAGAAGCACCAACUGAAGAAACUGUUAAAAAGAUACAGAAUUCAGUCGUUUGGCAAAUGGAAAACGAAUUAUAUGAGUUUGCUUUAGAACAAUUUAAUUUUGUUAAAAAACUUUCGCUUGGCGAAAAAUCUCAAAGAUUCUUUUUUGAAAAAAUUCGACCUAAAUCUUCUUAGAUCACUUGAUUAAAUUAUAUAUUAUAUAAAGUAGUUAAUAUUGUAAAUAAAGAGUAUUAUUAAAAUGAUGUGGAAGAUA